UUCUUGGGGUAAAUAUACCCAUGUGGGUACAAACGUGAUCUAGUUUAUAUAAUUUGAUUUUUUUCAUUUAAAUAUUGAAAUCGGUCGCCAGUCACUCAGAGGAGAAAAAUACAUCAACCAACUCACGUGAACAAAAUCUGUAGAAAAAGAAUAUUAAGAUGUUUUACCUUGCUUUGACUUCCUGUCUUUUUACCCUGGCCCUAGGAUUCGUUGCUCACGAAUCUCACGCACAUGCACAUCUACCAGGUUUCUGCAACAAUCUCGACUGUCCAAGAUUUUCCGUCCUGCAGACUUACAAAGAAGGGUAUGAACUCCGACAGUACGAAUCAUCCAAGUGGGUGAUGACAAACCUAACAGCCAUGAUAUUUACCGACGAUGAUGAUAAAGAGAUGUUCGACAAACUUUUCUAUUACAUAUCUGGAAAUAAUUCCAUACACUCAAAGAUCCCGAUGACGGCACCAGUACUAAGGGAGGUAAUCCACGGUCCAGGACCUGCCUGUGAGAGCACGUUUAUGACCCAUUUUAUGAUUCCUUUCUCCCUCCAAUCAAACACUCCCACCCCCACUGACCCACGUGUUUACCUGAGGGAGGUGCCAACAAUGAAAGUUUUUGUCAGAUCGUUUGGGGGGAAACCGACGGCGGAGGAUUACAUGAACGAGCUGCAGACGCUGGCUGACCAGAUCGGUGACAGUGCUCGGUAUGAGAACGCCUAUUACUUCUUCGCCGGCUACGACAGUCCUUACAAGGUCUCGGACCGCCAUAACGAGGUCUGGCUCAAAGCGCUAUGAGCGUGACGUUAUGUGUUUACCCGUGAAACUUCAACAGUUGUUAUGUUCAAUUUUUCAUUUUUUUUUUUUUACAUUUUUAUUGACAUAAAUUUUGUUUUAUAAAUCGGAA